AUGGAACCAAGUGUUCAAGACCAAAGGCUGCAACAACUCGAAAAGGCGGCCUCGGCGACCAUGGAGAUAGCGAAAGUUUCAAGCUCUAUAAAGGAGAAAGAAGAUGUUGGUGUUGAUGAUGAUGAUGAUAACAAAGGAUAUUGUACUCCAAAGGGUAAGAGACAUAGGAUACCUGAGUUGUUAUCUUGUCCACCACCUCCAAAUAAGAAGAGAAGGCUAGUACUACCUAAUAAUAAUUCAACUUCAUCAAGUUGUAUAUUCAAGAAAAGAUCAUCUCCCAUGGCUUUUUUUUCUUCCCCUGAUCUUGACCACUUCUUCUUUUUUGCUUUUAGGAAUAGUAGUAGUAGUAGUUGCUAG